CUUUCUUUUCUUUGCCAAUAAUAAGGAUGAAAAUUCCGCGAGAAAAACGCUGCAGAGUGGGGCCACUUUCCAACCUAACUCCCCAUGCCCGCCAGCCACGGCAGCCAGUCAAUUCGCAUAAAGAAGUGCCCUUUUUGGAAUUUGUUCAUCUCCCUUUUGCUGCUUUAAAAUGUGAUCUUUCGAGAUGGAGCUGUUCUUUGCAAUACUAAUAUCAGCGUGCCUGUGGUCCUUUGUGUCGCCCGAUCCCCAAGGAGAAGCACUGUAUGAAUUGAAGGUAUCGCUAAAUGCAUCAAAUAAUCAGCUUCCUAAUUGGGACCGAAAUCAAGUUGACCCAUGUACUUGGUUCAAAAUUAGAUGUGAUGAAAAUAAAGAUGUCACCAUGGUAUUAUUGUCUAAUAUGGGGUUUUCGGGCACUUUAUCUCCACAAUUAGGGGUUUUAAAGAAGCUUACUACACUUUCCUUGCAAGGAAACGGAAUAACUGGUACGAUUCCUGAUGAAUUAGGAAAUUUGACGAGCUUGACAAUGCUAAACCUGGAAAGUAACCGCUUAUCUGGAGAAAUACCGCCUUCUCUUGGCAAUCUGAAGAGUCUACAGUCCUUGUUCUUGAGUCAGAACAAUCUUACCGGAACAAUCCCUCAAUCGCUUUCAAGCCUUUCAGGCUUAGUUAAUCUACAACUUGACUCAAAUGGUCUUACUGGCCAAAUACCCGAGAGUUUGUUUCAAGUCCCCAAAUACAAUUUUACCGGUAACCAUUUAAACUGUGGCUUCAAUUUGAGUCAUCAUUGUGAACCUGAUAGUGAAGGUUCUUCACAUAAGUCAAAAACUGGAAUGAUUGUCGGGAUUGUUGGUGGGUUUAUUGCUGUUCUUCUUCUUGUUAGCUUGCCACUAUUUUUCUGGAGGGACCGGCAUAAAUACUACAGGCAUGAUGUCUUUGUAGAUGUCCCAGGGGAAGUUGACCAUCGGUUUGAAUUUGGUCAGUUAAAGAGAUUUGUGUGGACGGAGUUACAACUUGCUACCGACAAUUUCAAUGAGAAGAAUGUCCUAGGUCAGGGCGGUUUUGGUAAGGUAUACAAAGGGGUGCUUCCAGAUAAUACUACAAUCGCUGUGAAACGAUUAACAGAUUACCAGAGUCCCGGUGGAGAUACUGCGUUUCAGCGUGAAGUUGAGAUGAUAAGCGUGGCCUUCCAUAGGAAUAUCUUACGUCUCAUUGGCUUUUGCACCACACCAACGGAGCGCCUUCUGGUAUACCCAUUUAUGCGGAAUCUAAGUGUGGCUUACUGUCUACGAGAAUUUAAAUCUUGGGAGUCCGUCCUAGAUUGGCCGACCAGAAAGAACGUGGCAUUGGGCACUGCACGUGGACUUGAAUAUCUACAUGUACAUUGUAACCCAAAAAUUAUUCACCGUGAUGUUAAGGCUGCUAAUGUGUUACUGGAUGAAGAUUUUGAAGCCAUUGUUGGUGAUUUUGGCUUGGCAAAGUUAGUAGAUGUUAGACACACCAACGUGAAGACUCAAGUACGUGGUACGAUGGGUCACAUAGCUCCUGAAUACUUAUCUACUGGAAAAUCGUCGGAGAAGACUGAUGUUUUUGGCUAUGGAAUCAUGCUACUAGAACUUGUAACUGGUCAACGUGCAAUCGAUUUCUCUCGCCCUGAAGAAGAAGAUGAUGUCUUAUUGCUUGAUUAUGUCAAGAAGCUCCAGAGAGAGAAAAAGCUCGGUGCUAUUAUAGACCGUAACUUGAAUGAGAACUACGACAUCCAAGAAGUGGAGAUGAUGAUUCAGGUGGCAUUACUAUGCACCCAAGCAUCACCCGAAGACCGUCCAACAAUGUCAAUGGUAGUCCGGAUGCUGGAAGGAGAGGGGCUUGCCGAAAGGUGGGAAGAGUGGCAAAAUGUUGAAGUAACCCGUAGGCAAGAGUUCGAGAGACUGCAGAAACCGUUUGAGUGGGUAGAACAUUCGCUCUAUAAUCAAGAAGCUAUUGAGUUAUCUGGCGGAAGAUGACAUUGUAAAUUUUGACCUGAUUUACAGAGCUUAGCUCCGAUCAAUAUCUCUAUCGGUUUCUCUAGUGGAAGAUGACAGUGUAGGCAACAGCAUAUAUACUAGUAUACAAUACACGUGUUUUGACCUGAUUUACUAUGCACCCAAGCAUUACCCGAAGGUUGUCCAGGAAUGUGAAGAAAGAUUAUGUGAUUUGUAGAGAUUCUUUUGAAUUGUCUGAAUAAGCUAUUGAUGAGUUAUCUGGUAGAAGAUGACAUUCUGGGCAACUACAAACUAGUGUAGAAUUCAUGUAAUAUUGAUGUUGUUGUGAUUACAUAUUUGGUACGAGGGACAUGAUCUUUGUGUUAUACUAUGCACAGUUACAA